AUAUCGUUUGUAUUUAACACCUUCAUGUAUGUCCAUGUGUUUGUGUUUGUAUCAGAUAAAUGGGCUAUCAGCCUUCUACUCUUGUCCAAACCAACCAAACACCUACCCUAUAAUACUCUUCUUCCACCACCUCACCCUCUCAAGUGUGCUCUUCCCUCGCCGGAACAUUCCCCGUGCGCCUCUCCCGCAUCCGCUACCAUGGAUCAGCACUCCUUGCUGCCCGGCACUUCUGGGUCACCUGCUAAUCAUCCACCGGUCUCCGGGAGACACCCGGAGUAUCGCGGGAUCCGGUCUCGCGGCCGGAAAUGGGUGUCCGAGAUACGAGAGCCACGUAAAGCCACACGCAUUUGGCUUGGCACUUUCCCAACCCCGGAGAUGGCUGCGGCCGCUUAUGACGUUGCAGCCCUUGCCCUGAAAGGCCCCGGUGCCCUCCUGAACUUCCCGAGCUCGGUCCUCACAUAUCCUAUUCCGCCCUCCAUGACACCAUCCGACAUACGCGCCGCAGCAUCGAGAGCAGCGGCUUCGAGGAUCCCAAGGUGGGAUCUCGGCAUGGACUCGAAUGAGCGCACAGCAGCUUGGGGGCAAGAAUUCAUCGACGAGGAUGCCAUUUUGAACAUACCGAACCUGUUAGCCAACAUGGCGGAGGGGAUGCUCGUGAGCCCACCACCACCGGAGGAAUCACAGGAGUAUUCCGAUGCAGAAGGCUUGUGGAAUUAUACAUGACAAGAAUUAAGUCAUUCACGCAGUCACUCCAGAACU